AUGCAUUGGACGUCCAUCUUGAGCGCUAUUUUGCUUUUCUGCCUGUCAGGAGCAAGAGCAUCACCUGCAAAGACAGUUAUUCGUAACAAGGUGCCCUUGCUUGUCACUAAUGCCUGCACGAGGAUUUUUCAAAAAGUUACUUGGGAGUAUACCAGCAAGUCUAAGCGUUCAUCACCAGUAUGUUCUUACGAACCAGCGUUUCAAUCAAUGCUGUAUUGUAUCUAUGAAACGUUGGAUGAAAAAGGUUAUUCGAAUAAAACCUUAGAAAAAACAUUUAGUACCAUCAAAAAAAACUGUGCAAGUUAUAGUGAUGCUCUUCAGAACAUGACUAAUUCUGAGUUUUAUGACGUUCUAAACAACGGAACGAGGCAUAUGACGCCCUAUGUCAAAGGCAGUGCAAACCUAACAUAUCCAGUUGAAAUGGAUACACAGUUAAGAAAAGCCUACUAUCAUGCAUUGCAUGGUUUCUAUGCUAACUUAGAUGUCGGAAACAUAUAUGGUGGCAUUAUAUGUGCUUAUUUUGUCGCUAUCAUGGCUUUUGCAGGCGUUCUUCAUUGCAUGAAUUACACUCCCUUUAAAACUGUUCUAUUGAAGCAAAAGCUUGUGGGAUAUGUAAGGGGAUACCUCACUCUACCUACCAUUGGAAGCAAACAUGCGUCAGAUUUCUCUUAUUUUAGAAUAUUCACAGGAUAUUUACCUACAAGAUUAGAGGGUAUCAUUAUUCUUGGAUAUCUCGUGCUUCAUACCGUUUUUUUGGCAUACGGUUAUGAAUACGAUCCUGAAAAUAUAAUAUUCAAGUCUCGUAGAGUUCAAGUUGCUCGAUAUGUGGCAGACAGAAGUGGUGUACUCGCAUUCGCACACUUUCCAUUAAUAGUUCUUUUCGCGGGAAGAAACAACUUUCUCGAGUAUAUUUCUGGGGUUAAAUAUACUUCCUUCAUUAUGUUUCACAAAUGGUUGGGAAGAAUGAUGUUUUUGGAUGCUAUGAUUCAUGGCUCUGCAUAUACUAGUUAUACGGUAGCGAAUAAAACUUGGGCAACAAGUAAAAACCGAUUAUAUUGGCAAUUCGGGGUGGCAGCACUUUGUUUAGCUGGCACAAUGGUUUUCUUUUCCUUUGCAGUAUUCAGGAAGUAUUUUUAUGAAGCCUUUCUUUUUCUUCAUAUCGUCCUUGGUGCAAUGUUCUUUUAUGCAUGUUGGGAGCAUGUUGUUAGUUUAAGUGGCAUUGAGUGGAUAUACACUGCUAUUGCGAUUUGGAUCGUUGACCGGAUUAUUAGAAUUAUCAAAGCUUCUUAUUUUGGUUUCCCCAAAGCUUCCCUACAACUAAUCGGGGAUGAUCUCAUUCGUUUAACAGUUAAAAAACCGGCAAGGCCAUGGAGGGCCAAACCUGGGCAAUAUGUUUUCGUUUCGUUUUUACAUCCACUGUACUUCUGGCAGUCACAUCCAUUUACUGUUUUGGAUUCAGUAAGCAAGAAUGGUGAACUGGUUAUUAUCCUGAAAGAAAAAAAGGGAGUAACAAGACUUGUCAAAAAGUAUGUGUGUCGCAAUGGAGGUAAGACAUCUAUGAGACUAGCUAUAGAAGGUCCAUAUGGUUCUUCAUCUCCGGUCAAUAAUUACAAUAAUGUAUUGUUACUCACUGGAGGUACCGGUUUGCCUGGACCUAUUGCACAUGCAAUUAAACUUGGAAAGACGUCAGCGGCUGCUGGAAAACAAUCUGUAAAAUUAGUGAUUGCAGUUAGAGGAUUCGACGUACUCGAGGCUUAUAAGCCGGAGUUGAUGUGUUUAGAAAAUCUGAAUGUACAGCUUCACAUCUACAACACAAUGGAAGUCCCAUCAUUAACCCCUAGUGAUAGUUUAGAUAUUUCUCAACAGGAUGAGAAGGCUGAUGAAAAAGGCACUGUUGUGGCAACUACUUUAGAAAAGUCUGCCAAUCCACUUGGUUUUGAUGGUGUUGUUUUCCAUUGCGGGCGACCAAAUGUUAAGGAACUUCUACAUGAAGCGGCUGAAUUGAGUGGCUCAUUAUCUGUGGUUUGCUGUGGACCUCCUAUUUUUGUUGACAAAGUGAGGAAUGAAACCGCAAAAAUAGUUUUAGAUAAGUCUGCAAAAGCCAUUGAGUACUUUGAAGAGUAUCAAUGCUGGUGA